AUGUGCCAGUGUAGUAGAUUAACAUAUUGUUUGGGCAACAUAUUUUAUAUUUUUGAAAGGUUAGUUUCAUGUUGUGCGUUGACAUCAGUGGUUACAUGCCUCGUCGCAACUCUCAUAGUAAUGCUAGCUUUGGGCAUUGGACUUGGAUACAACUAUUGUUUUAUUGAUAUGGAGACCGGAAGAUAUAAGGAUGAUCUAUUAGUGAAGCCAGUAGAAACACACGUAACGACUAGCGCAAAUGGCAUUAUUUUUGUAAAACCAAUGGUUACUACAACGACACCGUUGCCCAUCGAAGUUAACUCUACAAUGAUUGCACCAUUAAAUAUUGGCAUUAAUUUUACCUAUCUCAUACAAAAAAUAAAGGAGAAAAAGCAUAAUGUUACCUUAGAAUUAAUUUAU